AUGAAUUUUUUCAUUGCCCUGCUUGCCCUAGCUGCCUUUGCAAUGGCCACGCCCGAAGCUGGUCUCAAUCUGGAAGCGAGAGUUGGGUGCUCCCAGAAGGGAGAAUACUGCAACGGCGACGGUACAUUCCGGUGCUGUGUGGGACAAGGGAAAUGUAGUGGAAAUGUGAUAUGGCCAAAUAUGAUAGCAGAUGACUAA